UUCCUUUUCUAUUCUCUCUCUCACAUUUAAAACCGCUAUAUAUUGUAAUUAUCUCUUUCUCUUUUUAAAAAAAUGUUUUUAUGUGCAGAAGAGUGUUGAAACAACUUCUCAAAACAGGCCAUAGUUGUUGUUUUGGGUUGUUGAAGUUUGGUAGUGUUUUUUGUCUUCUUAAACAGAAGAAGAAUACAUAAGUUCACUUAUUAUACUUUGAAGAUUCUUGCAUGAUACGUGAGAGUGGUAUUGCUAUUGGAAAUCCGUCUUAUAUAAUUUUAGUACUAUAGAGUUUGUUUGAUGCAAAAGUAAUUAUAUUGUACUUACUGAGUGUUAGUUAAAGGAACUAACAAAAACCAAGCAGAGUCGCUUUCUUUAGAGAUUUGGUACUAUUAGUAUUUUGUUGGAUUGGAUAUAUAAAUUCCAAAUAUUCUCAGAUGGUUUAUGUUGCAAAAACCACUUGAUGAGCUUAAAAGAAAGAAAUAAGAAGACCCUUUUCCCCUUGUAACUUAGCUUGCUUCCUUAAUCAGGUACAUUGCCCAUCUCUCUAAAUUUUUUUUUUUUGCUCUUGCUUCGUAAAUAACGAAAGCCUUGCAAAUAAAGGAAGGAUUUUCCUCUGGAAAUUGGUACUGUUUUCGUACUAUUUUUUCAGCUGAGUUCUGAAGAAUCUUGUACAUGCAAAUUGAGGCUUGCUAGAAACAAGUUGCCAAGUCAAAAUCAAGAAUGAAAAGAGAGUUAAAUGAGCUUUAUUAUGGUGAUAAUAAUGAAGAUGUGCAUGGAUUUGAGAAUAAUAUUAAUAUGGUGCCAUCAGUGGAUGAUGAUAUUCAUCAGCAGUACCAGCAGCAGCCUACUGAUUUUGACCCAAUGGAUGAUACAGAUAUUUGGCUCAAUGGAAAUUUCUCCACUGAUUUUGCUACUUUUCAAGAUUUUCAAUGCAUGUCCUCUUCAUCCUCAACUUCCAAUUCCCUUCCUACUGAAUCUGAUCCAUCUUCUUGGACAGUCCUAAAAUCUGAUGCUGAACAAGAUUUCGACACGCAAAUCGACAGAUUUGGCAACCAAGAAUGUCUAAAUGUCAUGGAGAAUCUUGGAUAUAAUGAUUUAAUCGAUGGUGAUCAUGAAUUUCUUGGUCCAAUCUCUUUUUUCCAUAGUGAAAAUCCACAAGAGAAUCAACAACAAAACGAAGAAGGGAAUGAAGAGCAGGUAUCUAUUUUUCAAGGGGAUAGUGAGCUGGCACAUAUGUUCUUGGAAUGGCUGAAGCAAAACAAAGACUACAUUUCUGCAAAAGACAUGAGGAGUAUUAAGCUCAAACGUUCAACAAUUGAAAGCGCUUCGAAACGGUUGGGAAGUACAAAAGAAGGGAAAAAACAGUUGUUGAGACUCAUUCUUGAUUGGGUUGAACAACACCGAUUGCAAAAGAAAGAAAUGAGAGAAGCAGAAGCCAUUAAUAAACAAACUAUUCAAAACUCUGCCCCUAAUUAUAACUUUGAUCCAAAUGCUUGCUUUUAUCCCUCUCAGUGGAUGCCAAAUCCGGCUUAUAAAUUCCCUUUCCCCGAUUCGACCCCUGUAAUGGCAGGGCCGGUACAGGGGUACAUUGGUGAUUCUUACUCUAAUGGAUCUUUAUUUAGGCCUCCUUUUAAUCAAACAAUGAGUGGUAAUGCAAGUUCACCAGCUACAACAGAAUAUCAACCCAUGGACACUUCUCAAUCCUGGACUCCAUCGCACUUCACAAUGGCGGCUGCUUCUCAAUACAAUCAAUUUCCUGAUAAUGAUAGUACUAAUAAUGUUGCUGCUACUGAUGUAACUGAUCAGUCUCAAGCUUUAUUCAGUCAAUAUCCGUACCAACUUUUCGAUGGGAAUGGUGAGAGAUUGGCGAGGUUGGGCUCUUCUGUUACUAAAGAGGCUAGGAAGAAUAGAAUGGCUAGGCAAAGACGAUUACCGUCGCACCAUUAUCGCCACCAAGCUCAGAAUCAAAGACAAAUUAGUACUAAUGAGCAAAGUGUACUGAUGGGUGGAGAGAUUAGUUGUGCAAUGUCUCGAGCUAACAAUCCAGGAAAUUGGGUAUAUUGGCCUUCUGCUGCUACUGUUCCACCAAUGGCGAUGGUUCCACAGGCUAAGUCUCCGCAAGCACUUCCUAUAGACAGGCCAGCCCUGCAAUCACAGAACCAUCAUAAGCAUGGCUCUACAAACAAAAAACAGGCUUGCAGGACAGAGAAGAAUCUCAAAUUUCUCCUGCAAAAAGUGCUGAAGCAAAGUGACGUUGGCAAUCUAGGAAGAAUUGUGUUGCCGAAGCAGAAAGAAGCAGAAAGUCAUCUCCCACAUCUUGAAUCAAGAGAUGGAAUUUCUGUUGCCAUGGAAGACAUUGGAACUUCUCGCGUUUGGAACAUGAAAUAUAGAUUUUGGCCAAAUAACAAAAGCAGGAUGUACCUUCUUGAGAAUACAGGCGAUUUUGUUAGAGCUAAUGGACUGCAAGAAGGCGAUUUCAUUGUAAUAUACGCUGACAUGAAGUGUGGCAAAUAUCAGUUGAUACGCGGAGUAAAAGUGAGGCAGAAUGGACCAAAAUCAGAGGGCAAGAAACCACCAAAGAAAAACCUUUGUAAUUUGUCAUCUCCAGUUCCACAAGCAGUUGGUAUUCGAGCAUAAGAGAAAUUAAUUCAUCUCAACAAGUGAGAAGUUGCUGUUCAUCUUCUUUAUAUGGCUGUCUAAUGUAGAGAAGUGUGUAAUUAAGUUGUAAUCUGGUGGUCUUGUAUGUCUGUCUACUGUGUUUAGCAAUGCAAUGACGAUCAUUUGUAAUCUAAUUUAAGUUAUAUACAUUGACGGUACAUUGAUUUUUA